AUGAAGUUGUGGAUCAUCUUGAUAGCGACAGCGUGUUUUACCCAAGCUGCCACUAUUCAGCGAACGAAACGACAAUAUGCUACUGUUCCUCUUUAUUCAUCUUGUAACGAAUACUUAAGCUGCGCUCCGCCAGCAGUUUGCUCAUCAGGCUCUUGCCAAUGUGCGCAAUCCUAUCAAGUUGCUGGCACUACAUGCGUUCCUGUCGGAGCUGCACCACCAUCGGGAAUUUAUCAAGUUCCUGCUGGAGUUGCGCCUGCAACAUUCCGAACGGUCUACACUGAUGCGGUGUCCGCUUUCCGGCCGGUGUAUCAGCCAGUUGUUUACUAUCCACAAGUCAUUCAUCAACAAGUCGUAUGCGCAGCACCACCUUGUCCAAAAGCUCCGGAAACUACUACUACCACUCCAACGACCACCACCGUUCUCCCAACUCCGGCACCAGAAUCGACUACCUCCGCUACAGAAACAACCACCCCUACAAGAUUCUACGACGGGCCUUCUAUUGCCUACCCAGACGAAUAUUGUAGGCUUCCAAACAUUGUUUGUGUCGGAGGAAGUUUCUGCUCCGAGAACAAGUGCAUCUGCCGUCCUUAUGAGAUAAUUGUUGAUAGGCAAUGCGUUCCAGUUGCGACCACUACGACUCAAGCAACAACUAUCGUCACGACUGAAGCGCCAACAACGACAACAACUGAAGCAACGACAACGACAACGACCACUCCCCAACCAACUACUACGAUCACCACCACGACACCAACCACCACAACCGAACAAACGACGACUACGACAACUACCACGACAACGACCUCUGAGGCACCAACCACUGUUGUUGUAACAACUCCCAAACCAACCACGGAAGCUCCAACAACUACAGUCACUCCAUUUAGAGAUCAACCAAGCUGCACACCAACCAACUGCAAUUGUAACCCAAGAGGAUGCAAUCAACAUGUCGUUCGCAUUAAUUUUAUGAUUCCCGGCCAGAGUUGUUCCAGCAACUCGCAAUGCAUGGCUGGCUCAUUCUGUAGCAAUGGAGCUUGCAAAUGCGCAAGCAGCUUCGAACAACGCGGUGUUUCGUGUGUCAAACGACGCAAAUAA